CUCUCUCUCUCUCUCUCUCUCUCCUUUUCCGAUUGAUCAAACGCUCCUUCGAUCUCAUCGAAAUGGCAUCCAAUGGAGAAAAGAGCCUCAUCGUGAGCUUCGGCGAGAUGCUCAUCGACUUCGUCCCCACCGUUUCCGGCGUCUCCCUCGCUGAGGCCCCCGGCUUCCUCAAGGCCCCCGGCGGCGCCCCCGCCAACGUCGCCAUCGCCGUCGCGCGCCUCGGCGGACGCGCCGCCUUCGUCGGAAAGCUUGGGGAUGACGAGUUCGGCCGCAUGUUGGCCGGGAUCCUGACGGAGAACGGCGUCACCGAUCGGGGCAUCAAUUUCGACAAAGGUGCCAGGACGGCUCUCGCCUUCGUCACCCUCCGAUCUGACGGAGAACGAGAGUUCAUGUUCUACAGGAACCCCAGCGCCGACAUGCUCCUCCGCCCCGAUGAACUCGACCUCGAGCUUAUCAGAUCCGCAAAAGUGUUCCACUAUGGAUCAAUAAGCUUGAUAGUGGAGCCAUGUAGGUCGGCUCAUUUGAAGGCCAUGGAAGUGGCCAAAGAAGCCGGAGCUCUUCUCUCCUACGAUCCGAACCUCAGGGAAGCUCUAUGGCCAUCGACUGAAGAAGCCCGCGAACAGAUAAUGAGCAUCUGGGACAAGGCUGACAUCAUCAAGGUCAGCGAUGUCGAGCUUGAGUUUCUCACUGGUAGCAACAAGAUCGACGACGAGACCGCGUUGUCCCUUUGGCAUCCCAACUUGAAGCUCCUGCUCGUCACUCUCGGCGAAAAGGGUUGUCGUUAUUACACCAAGAAUUUUCAUGGAUCCGUUGAUCCGUUCCAUGUGAACGCUGUGGAUACGACCGGAGCCGGAGAUUCAUUUGUCGGAGCUCUUCUAACCAAGAUCGUUGAUGACCAAUCUGUUCUUGAGGAUGAGGAUAGAUUGAAGAAAGUGCUGAGAUUCGCGAAUGCGUGUGGAGCGAUCACGACGACGAAAAAGGGAGCUAUCCCGGCUCUUCCCACCGAUGCCGAAGUGGUUGGGUUUCUCCAAGGGAAAUAGAAAACGCCGGUCUGAGAGAAAAAAAAAACACUUCAAUUUUUUUUCUUAAGGCUGCUUCUUCGAACUUUGUUGUUUUGUCCUAAUGAACCUGAUUUUGUACGGAGGAGAUUUGGGUGUGGGUUUUUCUUUUCUCUCCUCCUCUUCUUUUGGCUGUAAUGAUUUAAGAGAGCAUUAAUAGCUCAUGAAUAAGAAAAAUUGUAAUGUUUUCCUCCACAAUGUUUUUGAAGAAGCAAAUGUUACACAA